AUGGGAGGUGGAAGUGAAUCUUCCUGGGAUAAGGAUAAUAUGCAGUCUCUUCUUGCUGCUCAUGUACCUCAACAUGAAAUUGCUCAUGCAGCCCCAGCUGGCCAGCUGGGCCUUGGAUGUGCCCCUACCCUUAAUCCACUGCAGCUGAACCAUCUCCUGACCAAUAGACUGGAUCUUCAAUUUAUGAUGAUACCUCAUCCCCUCCUUCCAGUCAGCUUACCUCUUGCAUCAGUUGCCAUGGCAAUGAAUCAGAUGAACCAUCUCAAUACUAUUGCCAACAUGGCUGCUGCAGCCCAGAUUCACAGUCCACUCUCCAGAGCUGGAGCCUCUGUUAUAAAGGAGCAGAUACCGGAGAGUCUGUCUCUUGCUCCCUCUCUGGAAGAGAGUCACCACUCUGGGAGCCAGACCUCCUCCAAACCAAGCAGCAGUGUGACCUGCUCUCCCUUUCAGAUGGAUCAUCAUUUGGAGAGAAUGGAAGAGGUACAAGUUCAAAUUCCAAUGUUGAAGCAACCCUUGGACACGAUCCAACUGACUCCUGGGCAGGCAUUGGCUUCUGGAUUUCCUGGACCGUUCAUUUUUGCUGAUAGUCUGUCCUCCGUGGAGACUCUGUUGACCAACAUUCAGGGUCUACUGAAAUUGGCUUUGGAUAAUGCUCAUAUCCAGGAGAAGCAUAUUCAGCAAGAAAAGAAGGAACUGCAAAUGGAGCUCUAUAGAGAGAGAGAAAUUAGAGAAAACCUUGAAAGACAACUUGCAGUUGAGCUUCAAAGCCGAACUACCAUGCAAAAGUGCCUGAAGAAGGAGAGAAAAGCCAAGAGAAAACUUCAGGAAGCUUUGGAAUUUGAAUCAAAGCGCCGAGAGCAAGUGAAGCAGGCACUUAAGCAAGCCACUGCUAGCGAGAGUGGCCUGAGGUUAUCGAAAGAUACUGGAAUUCCAGAUAUUGAAAUAGAAAAUAAUGAGACUCCUCAGGAUAGUGCUACUAUGCAAGGAUAG